GAAAGCUAAGCAGCCACACACACACAAAAAAAAGUGAGAAAAGGCUGCAAGGGAAAGGGAGGGCCUGAGUCCAGAGUGAGGGAGGGGAGGAGGGGCAGCCGGGCCAGGCUGCUGUCCCCCACAGAGCCAGCUCAGAUUCUGCUCCGGGAGCAACUCAGCUGCGGAGGCCACAGCAGCCCCUUUCCUCAGACUAAGGACAGCAGGCAGACAGACACACAGACAGAGAUCUGGGACUGGAAGUCCUCGACCCCCAGCAGCUUGGCUGGGCCUGGUCCCAUGGCCUUCAAUGACCUCCUGCAGCAGGUGGGGGGCGUCGGCCGGUUCCAAUGGAUCCAGCUCACCCUGGUGGUCCUUCCCCUGAUCCUGAUGGCCUCCCACAACACCCUGCAGAACUUCACUGCUGCCAUCCCCACCCACCACUGCCGCCCACCUGCCAACGCCAACCUCAGCAAGGAUGGGGGGCUAAAGGCCUGGUUGCCCCGGAACAAGCAAGGGCAGCCUGAGUCUUGCCUCCGCUUCACUUCCCAGCAGUGGGGAUCAACUUCUGCCAACGGCACAGAGAUCAACUCCACAGGGGCCACAGAGCCCUGCAUCGAUGGCUGGAUCUACGACAAUAGCACCUUCCCCUCCACCAUCGUGACUGAGUGGGACCUCGUGUGCACUCACAGAGCCUUUCGUCAGUUGGGUCAGUCCUUGUACAUGGUGGGGGUGCUGCUCGGAGCCAUGGUGUUUGGGUACCUGGCAGACAGGCUGGGCCGACGCAAGAUUCUGAUCUUAAACUACCUGCAGACAGCCGUGUCAGGGACCUGUGCAGCCUUCGCACCCAACUUCCCAACUUACUGCACCUUCAGGCUUCUCUCGGGCAUGUCGCUGGCUAGUAUUGCCAUCAACUGCAUGACGCUGAACAUGGAGUGGAUGCCUAUCCACACCCGAGCCUGUGUGGGCACCCUGGUUGGCUACGUCUACAGCUUGGGCCAGUUCCUCCUAGCUGCCAUGGCCUAUGCUGUACCGCACUGGCGUCACCUGCAGCUGCUCGUCUCUGUGCCUUUCUUCGCCUUCUUCAUCUACUCCUGGUUCUUCAUUGAAUCCGCUCGCUGGUACUCCUCCUCUGGGAGACUGGACCUCACCCUGAAGGCCUUACAGAAGGUGGCCCGGAUCAACGGGAAGCAGGAAGAGGGGGCCAAGCUGAACAUAGAGGUGCUCAAGGCCAGUCUACAGAAGGAGCUGACCAUAGGCAAAGGCCAGGCCUCGGCCCUGGAGCUGCUGCGCUGCCCCACCCUUCGCCACCUCUUCCUCUGCCUCACUAUGUUGUGGUUUGCCACUAGUUUUGCCUAUUAUGGGCUGGUCAUGGACCUGCAGGGUUUUGGGGUCAGCAUCUACCUAAUCCAGGUGAUCUUUGGUGCCGUGGACCUGCCUGCCAAGCUUGUGGCCUUCCUUGUCAUCAACUCCCUGGGCCGCCGACCUGCCCAGAUGGCCUCACUGCUGCUGGCGGGCAUCUGCAUCCUGGUCAAUGGGGUGAUACCUCGGGAGCAGUCCAUUGUUCGAACCUCCCUUGCUGUGCUGGGGAAGGGCUGCCUGGCUGCCUCCUUCAACUGCAUCUUCCUAUACACCGGGGAGUUGUAUCCCACAGUGAUCCGGCAGAUGGGCUUGGGCAUGGGCAGCACUAUGGCCCGAGUGGGAAGCAUUGUGAGUCCGCUGGUGAGCAUGACGGCCGAGCUCUACCCCUCCAUACCUCUCUUCAUCUACGGCGCAGUCCCUGUUGUUGCAAGUGCUGCCACUGCUCUCCUGCCAGAGACGCUGGGCCAGCCACUACCCGACACGGUGCUGGACCUGGACAACAGGAGGAGACGGAAGCCGAGAAGACAUCAACAGGAGCAGCAGAAGCAAAUGGUCCCGCUCCAGGCCUCUGCGUGA